AUGACCACCGAAUUUCAGGAACUCACCUUGGAGACCCUAGGUCACGAGCCCAUUGGAUGGGACUACGACCACGAGAACGACCCCAAUGCCCCACCCGACAUCGAAGCAGCGCUGGAGAAACUUCAGCCAGACCAUGGCCAUAACGACUACUCCCAGCUGGUCGCCAUUCCUGUCUCUGAGGAAGAGAUCGAAGCCGCUUCCAAGAUUGACUAUGUCAAGUGGAAACAGGAGCGCGCAACGAAACCACACAAGGCUGAGUGUUACGGCGGUUUCGAGUAUGCCGAGCAUAGCUACCUCGGUGAUUCCCUAACCUUGGCUUGGAACGACGGGCAGUCCUACGUUGCCAAGAACAAGCCCUUCACCCUCCCGAACGGACUCGAGGUGACAUAUGGUCAGAUCAACGGACUGGCUGGAGACUUCUACGGCACUGUCAACCCCAUCAGCGACGGCAGGGACUUGCAGGACCAGCGCCAGCGUUUCUUGCGAGCCUGGUACUGGCUUGCUGUGGACACGACUCGCAACCCAGCCGAGGCGCAGAAGAUUCUCACCACACUCUCGACUGAAGUCGACAUGGUGCAGGCCGCACUCGACAUAGGCCAGGAUCCGUCGACUGUCUACCCAAAGAUUCCGGACGUCAACGUUCAGCUACAGCUCUACACCAUCGCUCGUCCUGACGAAUGCCCCAGCUAUCUUGGCCUGGCCAAGAUCAACUGGGACCACUUCGGCGCCGACGCCCGCACUGCUUACAACGCCUGUCACUCCGUCGCCCUGCAAGUCGCCGCCAGUGGGAACCUCGAGCUGGCCUACGCCAUGAACGCCUUCGGCGACCACUUCCUCCAGGACUCCUUCGCCGCCGGCCACAUGCGCACCCCGAGACGCAAGCUCCACGACAGUAUUGGCGCUGCUGAUCUAUGCGCCAAGUACAUGCACGAUGAAGACAACGCCAUCGGUCUCUCUGUUAAGAGCCCCAUUGGCAGGGCCUGGCACACCUUUGGUGACAAGAAGCUGCUUGACAAGGAAGAUAUUGCCAACAAAAAUGAGGCCUGGAACGCGGUGCGCACAUCCGCUGAUGAGAUUUACACUGCUUGGAAGACAAAGACCGUGCCCGAAUAUCCGAAGUAUGCUGCCUGGAACUAUGCCCCGAUUCUGAGCGAGGUUUCCAGCAUUGUUGCGCCUCUCUUCACGCCGGAUGGUCAGCGACGGGUCGAUAUAAGGAAGCGAUGUCAGGCCAAGUAUACCUACAAGUACUGGUAUUGGUCGACUGCGGCUGAUUGCGCGCUGAGCGGGCUGUGGAAGUAUCCCAUUAAGCCUACGGCGGAUUGCGGGAUCUGA